AUGUUCUCCCACGUUCUCUAUGCUGGUCUGCUGGCCUCCUUCGCCUCAGCGCGCCCCUCUGUCAGGACUGCACAAAUCCAAUGUCCGCUCGUGCUUUCUGGGCAAGUGCCAGCGACAAGUCAGUUGACCGACUUCGACUCCUCAGCGACAAGUAUCUUCAACCCUGACUAUGUCCGAGCAAGCGCAGUUCCAUGGUCCGAAAUACUACUGUUUCCUAAUGUGACCAACUCGCGCUUCGAUAACUCGAGCUACAAAUCCGUCGAGGUCACCGUCAACGAGAAUUCCAUCUUUCAGACCCAAAACGGCUUCCGCCGUGCUGGUCUGCAGUUGGUCGGUGACACGAACGACGCUGGUGUUGGCAACACGGGUGUAAAGACACUACACUGGAGUGUGAAGCAAGACCCAACCAGGACGCUGAACCUGACUCAUGAGUAUUUGAACGUAUGGCACGAGCGAUCUGAUUACAAUGGCAAUCACUUCAACUUCGAGACUGGUACCCUAAUCGACCAGCCCAGCUAUGAUAAGAACACAUUCAAGAUCACAAACCGCCAAAGCCAAGUGGUUUGGUCUACGCCUAUCGACAAUAGCGCAUGGCAGAACUUUGCAGUGACACUGGACUUUGACAAAAACACCUUGCAAGUCUAUUACUCCAAAGGCAACGGCCCUUUGGCAGCUGUCACCACAGCCUUGUCUAACGACAAUUCUGGCUAUGGACAAUACCAGAUUGGUAUUCUUAAGAAGCCUACAGGCACCUCUGAUGUCGUUAAUUCUGGAUAUCAAGAGUCGCCUAUCGACGAAGGACAGAUUUAUGGCGGCAUUUUCCUCGAAGACAGCGCUGCUGGUUGCAUUUCUCUGUAA